GGCCAGUCCCAGCCCACACACAGACCCCCAACUUGUGGCUGUCCAUUUCAGCCACAGCUCUAGCCUCAUCGUCAUCCUCAACCACACCCAUGGCUCAGGCGCUGGCUCUGAGGCUCCUAAUCCUGGUCCUGGCCCUCUGCAUCACCCAGAUACAAGGCAGUGAUGGUGGAGCCCAGGACUGCUGCCUCAAGUACAGCCAAAGGAAGAUUCCCUACAAGGUUAUCCGCAGCUACAGGAAGCAAGAACCAAGCUUAGGCUGCCCCAUCCCAGCUGUCCUGUUCUUGCCCAAGAAGCGCUCUCAGCCAGAGCUGUGUGCAGACCCUAAGGAAGCCUGGGUGCAGCAGCUGAUGAAGCGUCUGGACAAUCCGCCCAUCCAGGGCCGCAGAAAGGACAAGUCUGGAAAGAAGGGGAAGGGCUCCAAAGGCUUCGAGAAGGCUGAGAAAACACAGAGCCCACGACGGCCAUAGUUCAGUAACCAGCCUGGAGCCAGCCUUGCCGGAGCCUGGCACCCCAACCUGAGGGGCAAGAAGGUUAGAAGAAAGGAAAGAUUCAGGAGCCCCAGAGCAGCCACCCCAUGUUGGCCUUGUCCCCCGCCCCCUCUCCUGCUGCCACCAUCCCAUCUGCAUUCCCUUCCCUGCCUUGCAUGCUGAGCUGCCCGCAGAGCUAGUCCCAGAGAGGCAGAGGAAAGAUAGUCUCCCAGGCUGUGUGAAAGGAGACAGCAGGACUGUCCCCUCCAGUUGGUCACCCAGGAUCCAAGACAUGAUGCUGUUCCCCACUGCACCCAUCUCUUCCUUAUUAAUGUGAUUUAUAUCUAACUGAAUAAAAAGCUAUUCUAGCCUCCUACCCAAA